AUGGAUUGGGAUCGCAGAAGAUUUGAGGAUCGAAGAGGAGGAGAAAGCUAUCGCCCGGCUGAGCGAACUGGCCGCUCACCUUCGCGUGGGUACGAAAUUCGUCACCGACGUUCGCCACCACGCACUCGUUCUCCUCGACCACGAAGCCGCUCUCGACCACAGGCUGACACAUGGGUUCCGCCAUCUAAUAGAGGGUAUGGGCGCCCACGAAGUCGCUCCCCGUCAGCAUUCCGGCGCCGCUCUCGUACUCCGCCUGGAAGAAACUUUGGCCCAACUUCCUACGAAAGAAGGCGUUCUCCACCAAGAAGAUUCUCACCCAGAAGAGAUGAAAGAAUAAGAUCACCGCCACAAUCUUGGCGCUCAAAAUCGCCGUUCAGUGAUGGGAGAUCACGCGACGCAUCUCGUGCUCGUACCAGUCCGAGACGGCUCCGCGAUACAACCCCAGGUAGUCAGAUCAUCCGCCCGGCUAGGCGAGAGGGCCCCGUAGCUCUGAAUAUCGAUAAAGCGUCGAACUCAUCUUCAUCACGACAACCGGAUGUCUUGGUAUCACAGAGCCCAUCCCAUGCUCCCCGCCUUGAUCCCCUGCCGGAUGGGGCAAAUCGUACAUCACCUCUACAAGCUCUGUCCUCACAAUCUGGUGCGCUAUCACGGCAUUCACCGUCAGCUGCAGAGAAGGCAGGUUUCCUAACCAAUGGACCUCGGAGUCGAUCGCCAAUUUACUCAGCGCCGUUCCAGCGUUCCUCGCAACCCACAGGCCGAUCGCCCUACCGGGAUCAAUUCCACGACGUGGAACUUUCCGGCUCCCACAAGCGGGCAGAUUAUGAGGAUCGGAUGCCUGAUGGUAUUAUCUCGCCUUCCUCGGUUACUGAAAAAGCCCUUCAUGACCAUCCGAGCGGACCCAGAAUUAGCGGCAAUAUUCCAACCCAGCCAAAGAAUCACAGCGCCAGCCCUCUGUCACAACCUCCGUCCGGACCUUAUCAUGGAUCAAGACCGCCAUCUAACCCGCAUCGUGGUCCUCAGAACGUUUCUUUACUGUCGGCACCGACGCGCCCUCGCCGUGGACCUGGCUCACGGGAACCUUGGUCAGGCAAUCCCCCGGUACGCCGUGGAUCGGCUGCACCAUCACACGGUCCGCCCGUAGGCCCCCGAGCCUCUUUCUCGCCCCCUACACCAGGUGGAGGGUUCCGGCAUUCGAUUUCGCGGCAACCCAAUAUUACAUCUACAACUCAAUCCUCAGUCCAAAGGGGACCGAAUCAUCUAAUAGGGCUGAGUACUCUCAUUCCAGAAGGGAAGAGUCUUCCGUCUCUCCUGGAUCCCGCUGUGGAGAAGCGAUUGUCUCAACUUGAUGCGGAUAAAGAAAAACUCCUUGAGCAAAUUGCAGAAACACAGAGAACUAAACGAGUGGAGCUUCGGGAUUGGGACCGAUUGGACCGCGAAAGCGCAAUCUGUGCCCUUAAGAGUGAAUUGGCUGAAGGUCAUCUUCAGCGAAUGGCUGAUGAAAGCAUUGGAGGUGGCAUACUGUUCUGA